UCUCCUGCAUCAAUUUAUGACAGCAGCAGGCAAACAAGAAAGCUGAUUAAAGUGGAUAUGUUAUACUUUAUUGCAAAGAAUCAAAUACCGAAUAACUUAAAAUGUUUUAGUGUAAGUGAUUGUAACUAUAUCAUAUAUUAAAAAUAACCGGUAAACUUCGUCACUAUGGAUAAUAAAAUUGUGUUACGUCGAAAAGAUUGGCGUAAACUGUUCAAGAAAAUGCGAAGAAAACGAAUCAGGCGACGUGUGGCCCAAGAUCGAGAUCGACAACUAGCAGAGAUCGAAAAAUUGAAGCUUAAUAAUCCCAGUUAUGUAGCAUAUUUGCAAGAAAAAGAAAGGUCAGAACUGUUAUCACAACAGCAACAGGAAGAGCUGAGUCGAUACGAAAAUGCACUCUGGAUGGAUCGAGAAAUGGAGUUUCAGUUGGCUUACAAAGAAAAACAAAAGCAGUUUGAAGCUGCAGCUAAACAGGAACAUGAAAAACGCAGUCGCAUACGAAAAGAAUUUGAGGAACAGAUGCAAAAAGCUAACGCAAUGAAAGCUGAAAAGGAACGUCUGUUAACGGAAUUCCGUCAAAAGCAACAAGAGCGGGAGCGCAUGUUGGCCGAAUAUCUUAUGGGCAUUGACGAUAACGUGGCAACUCUUCGUGAGACAAUCCACUCGAGAGCUGGAGCAAAUCCUUGUUCAUUUUUUAGUAAAAUUGGCUCUUGUCGUUAUGGACUGAGGUGCUCCUCUGAUCAUCAAACUCCUAGUUUAAGCGAGCUCAUAUUAAUUCCAAAUUUUUUCGCCCAUCCCGCAUUGGACGAUCAACAGCACCCGGAGUACGGGAAUGAUUUGGCGAUCGAGUUCGACGAGGAUGAAUUAAAUCGAUGUUACCGCGACUUCUUCUUUGAUAUUAUAGAGGAAUUUGAACAAUUUGGUACUAUUACAACUAUUUUUACAUGUCGCAAUUUCGAACCUCAUCUGAAAGGACAUGUCUUUAUUCAGUACAAUGAUAUGAGAUCAGCAGCGAAAGCUUUUCAACGAAUGAAUGGUCGGUUCUAUGCAUCUAGACAACUACACAUUGAAUUUCGUUCACCAAUAGCUUGGACAUCGGCUGUUUGUGGCCUGUUUGAGCAAUCGCGAUGCCAAAAGGGAAAAGUUUGCAAUUAUUUGCAUUUAAUGGUCAAUCCGGUCAGCAAGUAUCGCUACGAUCACUUCAAGGAGUUGCAGUCCGCCCGGAGUUCGAGGAGGUUAUGCGAGCGAACACCGAUGAUACAAAGGACAUGGGAUGAAAUUGAAAAUUCAAUACCAUCAAAAACAAACUGGCGUUGGUCAGAAUCACCGGCUGUGGAGAUAACUUCCCGAAGCAGACACCAAUCAUCACGACAAAAAUCACCAGACCAAAAAGAAAGCACAAUAAAACACUGCACUAGAGAUACUAAUCGGGAACGAAGGAGUAGCUACAAUAGUGCCAGAAGGAGACGAAGUCGAAGCAAAUCAAGCGACCGAUCGGAUCGUCAUCGUGAACAUGAUAAACAUAGAAGUCGGAGCCCGAGCAAUAGCAUGGGAGAUCGUAAAACUAAAGAGCGAUUCAAAAGCACACAGUCGAACAGCCGCAAAGAGCACAGGGCUAGCGAUGGACUAGGAAAAAGCCGAAGCCGCUCAUAAUAGUUCUCGACAGCGACAACAGCAGUCGUCCUCCCUUAGCAGCAGUACUAGCAGUGCAGUGGAUACCAGCGAUGGCGGAAGCGGCCACAGCUGUGGCGUAGCAAUGGAUAGCGCACUAGUUGCAGCGGAUUCCAGCAACGAUAGCAGCUGGGCCAGCUGAUGCAGGAACAGUGGAUACCAAUGGCAGCGUAUAGCGGCCACAACUGUGGCAUGACUAUGAAUAGCGCACUAGUUGCAGCGGAUCUCAGCAUCGAUAGCAGCUGAUGCAGUGAGGCACUUUAGUGAAAUGCAGUCUCUGUGCGAUAGUGGGCACUAGUUAAUGCAUUUAAUGAAAAGUCGACUCAUUUU